AUGGCUGCGCUCAACACCUCCUUCGCCGGUCAGCGCCUCAACAAGGCCGCCGCGAGGAAGGUCUCCGCCAAGGUCACCACCCGCGCUGUCAAGCCGGUGACCCGCGCUCAGGCCGUCGCCGCGCCCGCGGAUGUCUCCUCCGAGACCGUCAUGGACUGCGUCAACACCAUUCGCUUCCUUGCGAUCGACGCUAUCAACAAGUCCAACUCCGGCCACCCCGGUCUUCCCAUGGGCUGCGCGCCCAUGGGCUACGUGAUUUACCGCGAGGCCAUGACGCACAACCCCAAGAACUACCAGUGGUUCAACCGCGACCGCUUCGUGCUCUCCGCGGGCCACGGCUGCAUGCUCCAGUACUCCCUCAUGCACCUCACCGGCUACCCCUCCGUCUCGAACGACGACCUCAAGAACUUCCGCCAGUGGGACUCCGUCACCCCCGGUCACCCCGAGAACUUCAUCACCAACGGCAUUGAGGUCACCACCGGUCCCCUCGGUAUGGGCAUCUGCAACGCCGUCGGCCUCGCGAUGGCCGAGAAGCACCUCGCGGGCCGCUUCAACAAGCCCGACUGUGAGAUCGUCGACCACUACACCUACGCCAUCAUGGGCGACGGCUGCAACAUGGAGGGUAUGUCCGGUGAGGGCGCCUCCCUCGCCGCCCACUGGGGACUCGGCAAGCUCAUCGCCUUCUACGAUGACAACUCCAUCUCCAUCGACGGCCACACCGACAUCUCCUUCACCGAGGAUGUCUGCGCCCGCUACGAGGCGUACGGCUGGCACGUCCAGCACGUCCAGGACGGUAACACCGACCUCGACGCCAUCCGCGACGCGAUCAACAAGGCCAAGGCCGAUCCCCGCCCCUCCCUCAUCAAGGUGACCACCCUCAUCGGCUACGGCUCCCCCAACAAGUCCAACUCCCACGACGUCCAUGGCGCGCCCCUCGGCGCCGACGAGACCAAGGCGACCCGCGAGAACCUCGGCUGGAAGUACGAGCCCUUCGAGGUCCCCGAGGACGUCUCCAAGUACAUGGACUGCUCCGAGAAGGGUGCCGCCGCGGAGGCCGCCUGGAACAAGAAGUUCGCCGAGUACAAGGAGAAGUACCCCGAGGAUUACGCCGAGCUCAACUCCAUCAUCACCGGUGAGCUCCCCGCCGGCUGGGCCGACGCGCUCCCCGAGUUCACCCCCGAGGACGCCGGCGUCGCCACCCGCAUCCACUCCCAGACCAUGCUCAACGCCCUCGGCUCCGCCAUCCCCGGCUUCAUCGGCGGCUCCGCGGAUCUCGCCCCCUCCAACAUGACCCUCAUGAAGCAGUUCGGCGACUUCCAGAAGGACACCCCCGCCGAGCGCAACGUCCGCUACGGCGUGCGCGAGCACGGUAUGGGCGCCAUCGCCAACGGCAUCGCGCUCCACUCCCCCGGCUUCAAGUCCUACUGCGCCACCUUCUUCAUCUUCUCCGACUACAUGCGCUCCGCCAUGCGCAUCGCGGCUCUCUCCGGCGCGCCCACCCUCUUCGUCAUGACCCACGACUCCAUCGGCGUCGGUGAGGACGGCCCCACCCACCAGCCCAUCGAGCACCUCGCGUCCUUCCGCGCGAUGCCCGGCAUGCUCAUGAUGCGCCCCGCCGACGGCAACGAGACCGCGGGUGCCUACCAGAUUGGCGUCGAGCAGACCGACCGCCCCACCACCUUCGCGCUCUCCCGCCAGGUUGUCCCCAACCUCGCCGGCACCUCCAGGGAGGGUGUCCGCAAGGGUGCGUACGUCGUCGCGGGCCCCGCCGCCGGCGAGGACUGCGACUGCAUCAUCAUCGGCACCGGCACCGAGCUCGAGCUCGCAGUCAACGCGGCCAAGGAGCUCGGCGCCAAGGCCCGCGCGGUCUCCAUGCCCUGCUGGGAGCUCUUCGAGGAGCAGUCCGACGAGUACAAGGCGUCCAUCCUCCCCAAGGGUGUGCCCACCGUCUCCAUCGAGGCUGGCUCCACCUUCGGCUGGUCCAAGUACGCGGACAUCUCCAUCGGCCGCGACGACUUCGGUGCUUCCGCGCCCGCUGGUAUCCUCUACAAGGAGUUCGGAAUCACCACUGAGGCUGCGGUUAAGGCGGCGAAGUCGCUCAUGUAAAUUGAUUUGUCACACGCAUUUGCGGGACCAAUUCAUUUUUUAUCAGGGAUAGAGACCCGCUCGCAGUUGGAGUAAUGGAGUAGCUUCACGGUUUAAUAAAGCAACCACUUGUUCUAAGU